AUUGCGAGAAACCAGCGGAUUGUACAUGUGAACAAUUACGAAUUUUCAUGGGUAGAUGAACUGAAAUCAAUCAUGAAUGUAGAAAACGAGACUGGUGUAGAUACGGAGAUAAUUCUCGUCUCGGAAGAAGACUUCGAAUGCGGGCUAAUUGGUUUUAUUAAUUGUUUGCGAAAAGAACCAGGCGGCGAAAUAAUUAGAAGCGUAUUUAUUCAAGAUGACAAAGCGCCUACAUUUUCUUUGCAAGAACCAUUGUACACGAAGCAGCUACAGUUGGACCUACCCAUAAACGUUAUACGUUCCGGUAAUGUUUGGGGAUCAUACAGGCAUUUUCCAUUACCAUCGUUGGAACCAAAAUUUGUAGAGAACUCCUACGUUAGACAAAUGGUACAAGGAGAUUUGAGUACUCUCUGCUGGGCACAAAAGAAAAAGCCUUCCUACAUUAAGCGUGAAAAUUUCGUUAGUGUAAUUUAUGCACCUCUCAACUUCAAAGAUAUUAUGUUGGCUACUGGUAGAAUUACUGCCGAAUCUAUCGGAUUAUUUGAAAGCAAUUAUUUAGAUAGUCCCAUUGGCUUGGAAUUUGUUGGGUUUGAUACGCGUGGACGCAGAAUAAUGGGAAUGUGCUCAAACGGAGGAAUGACAAACAUUUGCGUGCCUGACGAAUACCUCAGUUGGAAUGUACCCGAUGAAUGGACAAUGGAAGAUGCAGCAACGGUUCCGUGUGUGUACAUUACGUGCUAUGACGCCUUGCAUAUAAAGGGUAAAAUGAAAAAAGGAGACAAAAUCUUGAUCCAUUCGGGUACUGGUGGCGUUGGUCAAGCUGCGAUCCAUCUUGCCCUUCAUGAAGGUUGUGAAGUGUUUACGACAGUUGGAACUGUCGAGAAACGACAGUUUAUGAAAGAAACUUUUCCCUCUAUUCCCGAAGAUCAUAUUGGAAACUCCCGAGAUACAAGUUUUGAACAAAUGAUUAUGCAGCGUACAGGAGGUCGUGGAGUGGAUAUCGUAUUGAAUUCCUUAGCCGAAGAGAAAUUGCAAGCAUCUGUUCGCUGUUUAGCAAAUGGUGGCCGUUUUCUGGAAAUUGGAAAAUUUGAUAUGGUUUCCAAUAAUUCAUUGGAUUCUUUUAUUUUCUCUAAAGGUAUCAGUUUCUACGGUAUUUUAUUAGAUAAAUUACAUUCAUCAAGUUUAGAACGAAAGAUAACGCUGUCGAAGAAAAUAACGGAAGGUUUAGAAAAUGGCGCUAUUAAACCGCUGUGUAGAAAAGUCUUUAAAAAAAAUAAAAUAGAAGCUGCCUUUAGAUAUAUGGCCUCUGGAAAACAUAUUGGUAAGGUAAGAUUAUUUCUUAAUAUACGUAUACAGAGAUAUUUAAUUACGGUACGAAAUAAUUGUUUAUGUCAAAUUAGAGACAUUCUAAAUAUAGUGUAGUUAACUCUAUAGCUA